AUGCUGGAGCCCCAUUUGCUGCUGGACUUUCUUCGUGCUGCAGAUGGCAGCUACGACUACGACCAAGCCUACGCGUUGCUGCUCCAGGAGCGGCAGCAGCAGCAGCAGCAGCAGCAGCAGCAGCAGCAGCAGCAGCAGCAGCAGCAGCAGCACCGGAAACGGGACAGUUCUGCUGCUCCAUCAUGCGAUGGUCCAGCACAGGCGACAGUAGAUGCGACGCCCGCAGCAGCAGCAGCAGCAGCUGCUGCUGCUGCUGCUGCUGCUGCUGCACCAUCGGGGGCAGAAGCAAACGCCAAAACAGCAGCAGCAGCAGCAGACACGGCAUCAGUAGCCGAAACCGGAGCAGUAGCCGAAGCAGCAGCAGCAGCAGAGGCAGCAACAACAGCUGAGGAAGCAGCAGAAGCAGCAGCAGCCGACGAGACGCCGGCAGCAGCAGAAGCAGCAGCAGCAGACGAGCCAGCAGAAGCGACCGAAGCACCAGCAGCAGCAGCCGAGACAGCAGCAGCAUGCAAAGCAGCAGCAGCGCCAGGGGACGCAGCAGCAGCAGGCGAAACAGCAUCGACAGGAGGAGCAGCAGCAGACGCAGCAGCAGCAGACGCAGCAGCAGCAGACGCAGCAGCAGCAGACGCAGCAGCAGCAGACGCAGCAGCAGCAGACACAGCAGCAGCAGACGCAGCAGCAGCAGACGCAGCAGCAGCAGACGCAGCAGCAGCAGACGCAGCAGCAGCAGACGCAGCAGCAGCAGGCGCUCCCGAAGACAUGCUGCAGAGUUUGCGAACUUGCUUCUCUUCAUUGAAGCCUGAAGUCCCUCGUGCUGCUGCAUUUCUGCUGCAGCGGCUGGGCAGAGCAGCAGAAGCUGUGCUGCUGCUGCUGCUGCGCUGCAGCGACGUGGAAGCAGCAGUGCAGGUGGCAGAGGAGGCGCAGGCAGCAGCAGCAGCAGCAGCAGCACUCCCCUUUCAGCAGCAACUGGCUCCGCCGCCACACGAGAGCUGGGACCAACAACCGCAGCAGCAGCAGCAGCAGCAGCAGCAGCAGCAGCAGCAGCAGCAGCAAAUUGAGGACCCCAGCGGGGGCUUGUGGACUCUUAUUGUGGCUGUCUGCAGCAAACGCAGCUGCCUUCUUGUUGAUUUGCUGCAGGCCCUAGACAGGGCCCCCCUGCUGCAGCAGCAGCAGCAGCAGCAGCGCGGCGGCGGAAGCUUUGCUGCAGAUCUAGCAGGAGCAGCAACAGCAGCAGCAGGUGACAAACCGUCAGCUUUCCGUGUGCGAAGCAGCAGCAGCAGCAGCAGCAGCAGCAGCGGCAGCAGCAGCAGCGGCAGAGGGCUCACAAGGUGGUACUUGCUGCCGUUAUCCCUUGGGCAGCAGCUGCUGCAGCUGGUUCCGGGGCCUGCGCAGCAUUUGCUGCCAGCAAUUGAGCGCCGUGUUGCGCUGCUGCUGCAGCAGCAGCAGCUGCUGCUGGAGGUGCAGCAGGCAGCCUGCGAGUGCAUGCAAGCGGAGAAGGAAGUGCUGCAGUGGGAGCUUUUCUUCCGCAGACGCAGGGGCGUCACCAUCAACAGCAGCAGCAGCAGCAACAGCAGCAGCAGCAGCAGCAGCAGCAGCAGCAGCAGCAGCAGCAGCGACUUCGGCGCAGCAGUGAAGGGGCAGCUGAGGCUGCAGCUAGAGCACGCUGCAGCUGCCUCUCCACAAGCACGCAAGCAGCUAAAGGCAGCACGAGCAGCAGCAGCAGCAGCAGCAGCAGCAGCAAGAGGGACUAAGACUCCGCUGCAGCUCUGGGCAGGCCCCAGCAGUGCCCCAAUUAGCCUGGCUCCAGCUUUGCUGCAGCCGCCCUCUGCAGCAGCAGCAGCAGCAGCAGCAGCAGCAAUGGGCCGGCCCAGCGCUUCUCCGCGGCGGACUCAAAAGAUGUCAGCAGCAGCUCCUGGUGCUGCUGCUGCAGCUCCGUCGGCAGCACGGACUGCAGCAGCAGCAGCAGCAGCAACAGGUGCAGCAGCAGCUGCUGCUGCACUUAGCGAACCCAGGGGCCCCAGCCAGCGAAACUCCCUGAGGAGCUGCUGCGCUAUUUGCUGCAGGCCUCUUGCUGCUGCUCCUAGUAAUCGGACUGAGUUUCAUUUGCCUUCCAAAGCAGCAGCAGCAGCAGCAGCAGCAGCAGCAGCAGCAGCACAUGAUGAUUCAGACGCAGCAGUGAACACGCCGCGUGCUGCUCCUGGGGGGUCGCCGCAGCAGACAACCCCAAGAACCUUCGCUGCAGCAGCAGCAACUGCGCCGGCAGCAGCGGUUGCUGCUGCUGCUGCUACUGCAGCAGAAUUGGAACAGGAGCAGCAGCAGCAGCAGCAGCAGCAGCCGGAGAAGAUCGUGGUAUUUUGGUGCGGCCACUGCAUGCACAGCAGCUGUUGCGAACGGAGCAACGGCUACCUUGAAAACAGCAGCAGCAACAGCAGCAGCAGCAGCAGCAGCAGCAGCAGCAGCAGCAGCAGCAGCAGCAGCAGCACCGCCUCCGAUGACAUGAAGCUGUCUUGUGCUUUGUGCGCAUUUGCUGCUUCUGCUGCUUGGAGGGGGACGUGGGGCCCCGUUGGCUGCUGGGGAGCAGCAGCAAACAGCUGCCUUGCUGCUCUCCCCGCAGACAGCUAG